AUGAGUAUUUCUGAAUUGCAACAAACUUUUGGAGUGAGUAAACACGAACAUGUGCCAGAUUACCAUUUACUCGAUUUUUUUAAAAGAAUUGAAAAUAAAAAUAAUAAUUUGAGGCAUUUACACUUUAAAGCAUUUAAUUCUUCUUAUUUAAUUCAAUUAAUACCUAAUAAAUUAAUUAGUCCUCAUAUGAUUUCUGUUUUUGAUUCAAAACAACAAUAUGGAUUUCCCUCACAUAUAAAAACUAAUUGCCAUUUUCACGGAAUUGUUUUAACUCACGGAAAUAUAAAAGCUGCUAUUUCUGAUUGUAAUAGAUUAAUGGGGCUUAUAAUUCACGAAGAGAAUUUUCUUGUUUUACAAACUUUGCCAGAACGAGGAAAACCUCAUUAUUUAAUUUUCAAAAGAAAUCCAGCUUUAAUUAAUUUUAAUGAACAUUUUCAACCAUCUUUUUAUCUUAAAGAGAAAUUAACCAAAACAGAAUUUACUAAAAAUGAUUGGAAAAGAAAAACAAGAAGUUUGAAAGAAGCAAAAGAAGAAGAAAUUGACCAACAACAACAAACAAUAAUAAAAGAAGAAGAAUCUUUUUGUGAUGUUGAUAUAAAAAAUAGUGAGUUAUUAUUUAAAGCUGCUGAUGACCCUUCUCCAACUUCUGACAUUAUUUCUUCUUCAAAUUUUGAAAAUAUUGCUUUAGCUUCUUCUAAAAAUAAUCUUCUAAUGCUUCCAGAAAAUAAUUAUUUUCUUCCUCGUUUUUCUGAAUUAACUAAAACAGUUAAAACAACAAUCAACAAUUACACAUUACCUGUAGCCGCAAGACUUGAUUCUCUUUUUAUUUUUCCUCAACUUGACCCAAUUACUUUGGAAAUUGGUCUUUUCUUAGAUUCAAUGCUUUUUGAACAUUUUAAAAAAGAAUUUACAACAGAACCUGAACAACAUUUAACAGAUUUCUCUUUAGCUUUAAUUAAUAAUGUCCACGUUCUUUAUCAACAACCCAGCCUUUCCCCUAAUUUGGAUAUUGUUAUUGUUAGAUUUGAAAUGUGGAAAACACAACCUGCACCUUUGGCAACAGAAAUUCAUAAAAACGGACAAGCACAAACACUGUUGGAUUCUUUUUGUCGUCACCAAGCAAGAAUCAAUCCAGGGACAGAUUUAACACAUCCCGAACAUUGGGAUCACGCUGUUUUACUUACUGGAUAUGAUAUUUAUCAUACAACAUCAAGUGUUGCUGGUGUGGCCCCUGUUGGAAGGAUGUGUGAUGAAUUAUUUGCUUGUUCUUUGGUAGAAGGAUUACAUUUGGGACGUUCUUUUGUUUUAGCACAUGAAAUGGGCCAUAAUAUGGGUAUGGUACACGACGGAGUUCAAAAUCAGUGUGGACGUAGUUGCUGCUUAAUGUCAGCAGUUAAUGGUGCUGGAAAAACAACAUGGAGCAGUUGUUCAGUUCGCGAAUUUAAUGCGUUUUUGUUGCAGAUGGAUGAAAGUGGCAGAGGAAAUUGUCUUAGAGAUUCCUCCGAAUCUAUUGCAAGUAUGCAUUUUAACUUUUACUUAUAA